CAUAGGAGUAAAGUCAAACUUAAACCAAAAUAAUAAAACAAUCCGGUCUUAAAAGUAAAGUAAAGAACUAGUUUUGGGUUAUAAAUAACAAAAUAGAAAUAUUGUAAUGUUAUGUAUCUUAUAGAGAGCUAAGGCUUAAUAACAUGACGUUAAAAAAUGAAGAUUAUCAAGAGCAUACUAAAAGGUUACGUUUCAAGAGUAUAGCAAAUAUUCAACAAUGCCCUGGUGAUAUCAUUGACAAAAGUGGAAAAGAAAUAAAAAAUAAAGAUGGAGAUAAAAGUGCUUCUCUUUUUACCUUUUUGCACGUCGAACUCACAAGAGGGUAUUUAUUGGAACAUGAUGAAGAGAGAUUCUCUGCGCGGAGAGAAAAAGUUUAUUCUUUUAUUAAAAUUCCUCAAGAAUUAGAAAAAUUCAUGGCUUAUGGAUUUUUCCAAUGUGCAGAUUCUUUGUUAUUUGUUUACACAUUCUUGCCUUUACGAUUUGUUAUGGCCUUUUGGUCAUUUAUUAACAGGCUUUUUAGGCAAUGUUUUGGUCUAUUUAAUUAUUUCAGAUUUUAUACUAGAAAAACCAUACUUAAGCCAGCCGAGACUUGUGAUGUCCUAAAAGGAUUCAUUUUAUUAAUAUGUAGUAUAUUAAUGUGCUACAUAGACACUAAUAUGAUGUAUCACUUAGUGAAGAGUCAAAGUGUGAUGAAGUUGUAUAUAUUCUAUAACAUGUUGGAGGUAGGAGAUAGAUUGUUCUCUGCCUUUGGACAAGACACAAUCGAUGCUCUGUUCUGGACAGCCACUGAGCCUAGAGAUAGGAAGAGAGAACAUCUUGGUCUUAUUCCACAUUUACUUUUUGCUAUGACUUAUGUCUUUCUUCACAGCUUACUAGUGUUGUUCCAAGCCACAACACUAAAUGUAGCUUUUAAUUCUAAUAAUAAAAGUCUUUUGAUAAUUAUGAUGUCAAAUAAUUUUGUCGAAUUAAAAGGAAGCGUUUUUAAAAAAUUUGACAAGAACAAUCUCUUCCAAGUUUCGUGCAGUGAUGUAAGAGAACGACUUCAUUUAUCGGUGCUGCUUUUCAUAGUGGUCCUUCAGACUAUGAAAGAAUAUAUGUGGAAAGAAGAAAGGUUCUGGAUAUUAGCUCCCGACUGUGUGCUUGUUCUUACUUUUGAAGUCAUCAUUGACUGGGUGAAACAUGCAUUCAUCACAAGGUUUAAUGAAGUUCCUUAUGGAGUGUAUAGAGAAUACACAGUUAGUUUGGCGUAUGAUGUUGCACAGACUCGGCAGAAGUAUGCAUUCAGUGACCACUCGGAUCUAGUUGCGCGGAGGAUGGGUUUCAUUCCAUUGCCUCUUGGAGUUGUCAUUACGAGGGUUUUAGUGCAUGCGGUCAAAGUUGACGGAUUAGCAGCGGUGCUAUUAAUAUUCAUAGCAUAUUUGUGUUUAAUAUCAAUAAGGGUGCUCGUGUCUAUAGUUAUACUUGGAAAAGCUUGUGAUUUAAUUACACAACAUCAGAAUGAGAAAUGCGACAGUCACCACACUACACCUAAACGGGAACAAAAAGAUUCAAAAGAAUUUCCAUAUACUCAAAAGUCUCCUGAAGCUGAAUCGACCGAAAAAAAGCCGGUACAGCUUAAGUUUAUUAUACCAGAGAAUGUCAUGAUAGAACCGCUAGUUGAUGCGUCGGCUGGGGCGGCUGCCAUUUUCUCAAACAGUGCAAUAGACUUGAACGGAGUCUGUUAUCUCAAUGACAAAAUGAAUGUCCAAGUUAAACAGGAACCAGCGGAGUAUAUCGAACCGGAUUUGGAUGUCAGCCGCAGCGCACCCGAUAUAAAAGCGGCGGCGGCAGUCAAUGAAGAUUCAGUCGAGCGUCCGCAGUCUCCGGACGCAGAAGGGCUCAAGAGGCGCGCAGAGUCCGAGCCGAACCUCGCAAAAAACGACGACCAAGAGGCUACGUAACACAAUCUGACCAACAACAUAUUUUAGGGACCUACGUCGAGUCAGAAGUGAGCUAUCGGUGCCGCGGGAUCCUUUGCAAAGCUGCAGCCACACCAAACAUGUGGGAUAUUCGUUAUUUAACUGUCUCGAGUCGCUUUGGGUGUGCGCUUGCACAAGUGUUGCCACAGCUUUACAGAGGGACAUUCUAAAAUGAUACACGGCACGGAAUAAGAAGCGGUACAUCUCGGUAGCGUUCUCCUCGUAUAUAAUAAUAAAUUAAACUCAUAUACUACUUACCGUUGUUUCACGAUUUGUUGCGUAAAAAAUGCAAAGACCGUUAGAACAGCGGUGUCGUAUCUUCUGUUGCCGAGUGCAAACAGCUUAUCUUACCGGUAGCUCUAGUACCAUAGACGCGUUCCACUCGUAAAAUAGUCUAGUGAGAAAGAUAUAAAAGAAAUGUUAGGCUUAUAACGAAUAUCCGGAUACAAUAAAAUAUUAAUUAACUAAAUAAAUAUUAUAAAACUCUCUAUAUACAAAAUAUUACCAAAAAAAAUUUACAAGAUACAAGGUUCGAGGUCAUUGUUAUAUUGACGAAGUAAGGUUUACCUAAGCGAAAUAAAUAUUAUUAGACUUUCUAUAUAGGUAUAUAAAACUUUCUAUAUAGAAAGUUUUAUAAUGUUUAUUUAGUUUAGGUAAACCUUUCUGAUCAAUAUAAGUGACUUUGAACCUUGUAUCUUGUAAUAUUUUUUUGGUUCAAUAGAAACUUUCGUAUAAUAUUAUAUUUACUAGACAAUACAAUAUCAAUUAGUACAGUUCUAUCCGGACAGUUGACAACUACAAAUUAUUAAAAAUUAAACAAAGUACAGUUUACAAAACAGGUUAAAAUAAAAAGGUACAUUACACGUCAGCUACAUAGAUUUUGGUUAGCGUCGUAUGUGAUGUAGUUGUCGAUUUUCUUUUUAUCCUUAUAUACCAUUCAUACUUUAUUUUAGUAAAAAUUAUGAUAAUUUAUUUUCUACAUAUUCAUAAUUGUCAAUUAAUUAAUUCGUCCACUCCGUGAUGAUGGAAACGACGUAACCGCCCGCGCAUGUCGAACUUGACUAUUAUAGCGUAUAUAAAAGCGAUAUAGUUAAUAAUAACAACAUUAUUCAAUGUCAAUUUAGUUGUUUGAAAAAAAAUUAUAUAUUUGAGAAAUCUUGUUUCGCUAAGGUUAUUUAAGAAGUACCGAAGACAAUAUUCGUUAUAGGCUUAAUAUAAAAAGUGUAUACGUUUAUUCCAAUCAUAUAGAAAAUGCAAACAAUUUAAACAAACUAAUCUGCGUUUUUUUCUUUUACCAUUUAUGAUUAAUAUAUAUUUUUGUAAUACUAUAUUAACUUAAACACCAUCGGCUUGUCUUGCCAUGUUUUACUUAAAAUAUACGACAAAAAUAGAAAAUUUAUGGAUAAUAGUUAAUAAUAAAGCUUAAAUUAUAUUUGAUAUUUAAGAGUUAUAAUUUUUAGUGCUUAUCGAUGUUCCUUGUAAAUAAAUAUAAAACAACACUACAAAAUGUAGUAGAAGCUAAAGGAAUAUUGUAUUAUGCCUACCUACAUAAAUAUAAGCGCGUAUUAAAAAAAAGGACGCGUAAAUAAAAUAAUAGGCUGUGGUAGUCAAUCUUAUAAGAAUUUUCUUUUAUUACGAGAUGUAGGGAACCCUAAUAAUAAAACAUACAAAAUAAAAGAAGUACUAGUUUUAUUACAAUACAAACGUAGCUCGGAUAAUUGUGAAAAAAUGGACACUGUUCAGAUCGUAUCAAAAGAUUGCAAGUAAAAUAAAAAUAUAUACGGCAUCACUAAUACACAAAAAGUCUUCUAGAACCCUUUCUUAAAAAAAAAAACGGCACAUGAGAAUGAUGACUAAUAAAUAUAUUUACUAAAACCAAUAUUUCACUAUUCUAGGCCUCAUCCUAUUAAUACUUGUUUACAUAGUUUGCAUUUUCUAUAUUUCAGACUAUAAAAAGUCGAUAUUUUAUAAAUACAAUAACAAUUCCAUGUUAUUUACAAUUUUAAAAAUAAAAAAGCAUACGAUACAGUUCAUAGAUAAAAAAAGACAAACAAAAUUAAACUAGCACAGACUUUGUUAAUUGGACAGUUUUUUUUUAUUACAAAUAUGUUGUGAUGUUCGUAUUUUAUGUUGUUAUAGUGAUUUUUGUUAGAUUUAUUUUACGGUGUGCUAAUAUUAGGAAGUAUUUUUGGUGUUUGAUGGACAGUCAUCAAUUAAAUUUAAAUUAAAAAAAAAAACGGAGAACAGGGCGUGAGGAUUUAGCCUUAUCAGAUCUUUAUUGAAGAUGAUUAGCACAAAAUUGGUUUGUAAAAAAAAAUACAUUUGACAAUGUUUAUAAUAAGUGUUCCUAUAUGAAAUAAAUAUUUAGAUUAAUAAUUUUA